GCAGCAGCGGCCAGGGGACGGGGAGAGAGGCAGCCUCAGCGUGCUGUGGCGGAGGAGGCAGAGGAGCCUCGCGGCGCCGGCUCCUGAAACCUAAACUCCGGCGGGGCUGCGCCCAGGGCGCCUUGGACCGUCGCAGCGGCCACCUCGGGGCGCAGCCGCGGGACUCGCCUCAGGAUUGCACUUUCGCUCGCCUGCCCGCGAGGGAGCAGCAGCGUGUGCAGGCGGAGGAGCGGCGGCCGAGGCACCAGCAUCCCCAGCUCGGGUGGGACCGCUGAGCGUAGGAGCGGGCGGCCGGAGGCAGGAAGGGAGGGUCGAGGCGCCAGGGCUGGGUGCGUUCCCGGGCGCACCGGCUCCCUCCGCGGCCCGCCCUGCCCCCGGGUGCCCGGUGAAGGUCUGGAACAAUGGUGCGGAGCACCGGCGCGAGACCCGCGUCCGCCCAGCGGUCGUAGAGGAAGUGGCCGGGCUACGGGCGGGGUGGGCAGGGAGACGCCCCCCGCCACUCGCUCGCGGAGUUUGCGCGUCCGGCCUCUCCGACCUCGGGCUCCCCUCGGGAUUUCCGACGGCUGCUCAACCUCGAGAGUAUGGUGCCGGCGCCCGGGCUAAUCUAGUUCUCCGCGCACUCCUUUCUCCUCCUCUCCCUCCUCCUUUCCCUCCUGCCGGGCUUGCCUUUGGGUUCCUCCUUUCCCUCCUGCCGGGCUUUGGCUUGUCGGAGUGCAACUCUGCUUCGCCAGAGAGACUGGCUUGUGGCCGCCCAACAGAACUUGUCCAUUGAAAGGGAACCCGGAACAGCUGGAUAAUGUCCACUCCGAGCAGAUUCAAAAAGGACAAAGAGAUUAUAGCCGAGUAUGAAAGUCAAGUCAAAGUAUCCAUUUUCUAGCAGCUUCCUUGGCUCUUGAGGGACAUUAAGCAUGGAAGAACUGAAGACCAGACACAAUGUGGACUGUGGUUCUUAAAGAUCAUAUCUGUCAUAUAUGUACUAGCUCUGGCAUCAAGCACGGUACUUCGCAAAUAAAAUUCGAGCUCAACUGGUAGAACAGCAAAAAUGCCUGGAGCAACAAACAGAGAUGCGAGUUCAGCUUCUCCAGGACCUUCAAGAUUUCUUCCGGAAAAAAGCAGAAAUUGAGACAGAAUAUUCUCGGAACCUAGAGAAGUUGGCAGAAAGGUUCAUGGCAAAAACAAGAAGCACUAAGGAUCAUCAGCAGUACAAGAAAGACCAGAACCUGUUGUCUCCAGUGAACUGCUGGUAUUUGCUCCUGAACCAAGUGAGGCGAGAGAGCAAAGACCAUGCUACCUUGAGUGACAUCUAUCUGAACAAUGUGAUCAUGCGGUUCAUGCAGAUAAGCGAGGAUUCCACCAGGAUGUUUAAAAAGAGCAAAGAAAUUGCAUUCCAACUUCAUGAGGAUUUAAUGAAGGUUCUUAAUGAGCUUUACACGGUGAUGAAGACAUACCAUAUGUAUCAUGCAGAGAGCAUCAGUGCAGAGAGCAAGCUGAAAGAGGCUGAGAAACAAGAAGAGAAGCAAAUUGGAAGAUCUGGAGACCCAGUCUUCCACAUUAGACUGGAAGAGAGACACCAGCGACGCAGCUCUGUAAAGAAAAUUGAAAAAAUGAAAGAAAAGAGACAAGCUAAGUAUUCGGAAAAUAAGCUAAAAUCCAUUAAGGCACGUAAUGAAUAUCUCCUAACACUUGAAGCAACCAAUGCCUCGGUUUUCAAGUAUUAUAUUCAUGAUCUUUCAGAUUUAAUUGAUUGCUGUGAUCUUGGGUACCAUGCAAGCCUGAACAGAGCCCUAAGGACAUAUCUCUCUGCGGAGUAUAACCUUGAAACCUCCAGACAUGAAGGCUUAGACAUUAUUGAGAAUGCCGUUGACAAUUUAGAACCGAGGAGUGACAAGCAGAGAUUCAUGGAGAUGUACCCUGCUGCAUUCUGUCCACCAAUGAAAUUUGAAUUUCAGUCUCACAUGGGUGAUGAGGUGUGUCAGGUCAGUGCCCAGCAGCCAGUCCAGGCGGAGCUCAUGCUCAGGUACCAACAGCUGCAGUCCCGAUUGGCCACUCUCAAAAUCGAGAAUGAGGAGGUCAAGAAAACAACAGAAGCCACCUUGCAGACAAUACAAGAUAUGGUGACCAUUGAGGACUAUGAUGUGUCCGAGUGCUUCCAGCACAGCCGCUCCACAGAAUCUGUGAAGUCCACCGUCUCUGAGACCUACCUGAGUAAGCCCAGCAUCGCCAAAAGAAGAGCAAACCAGCAGGAGACUGAGCAGUUCUACUUCAUGAAACUCAGAGAAUAUUUGGAAGGCAGUAAUCUCAUCACAAAACUUCAAGCUAAACAUGACUUGCUGCAAAGGACUCUUGGAGAAGGUCACAAAGCUGAAUAUAUGACUACAAGGCCUCCAAAUGUUCCCCCUAAGCCCCAGAAACACAGGAAGUCCAGACCCCGCUCACAGUAUAAUGCUAAGUUGUUUAAUGGGGAUUUGGAAACAUUCGUCAAGGACUCAGGACAGGUUAUCCCCCUCAUAGUGGAAAGCUGUAUUCGAUUCAUCAACCUCUAUGGUCUUCAGCAUCAAGGGAUUUUCCGAGUGUCUGGUUCCCAAGUGGAAGUCAAUGAUAUUAAAAAUUCAUUUGAGAGAGGUGAAAAUCCUCUAGCUGAUGACCAGAGUAACCAUGAUAUUAACUCAGUGGCUGGCGUUCUGAAGCUCUAUUUCCGUGGGCUGGAAAACCCCCUCUUUCCCAAGGAAAGAUUUAAUGAUCUGAUUUCUUGUAUUAGAAUAGAUAAUCUCUAUGAGAGGGCACUUCACAUCCGCAAACUCCUCUUGACCUUGCCCAGGUCAGUCCUGAUAGUGAUGAGGUACCUCUUCGCCUUCCUCAAUCAUCUUUCCCAAUACAGUGAUGAGAAUAUGAUGGACCCUUACAACCUGGCCAUUUGCUUUGGCCCAACACUGAUGCCCGUCCCGGAAAUCCAGGACCAGGUGUCUUGCCAGGCACAUGUGAAUGAAAUUGUCAAGACUAUCAUCAUCCACCAUGAGACCAUUUUCCCAGAUUCUAAAGAACUGGAUGGCCCUGUUUAUGAGAAAUGUAUGGCUGGAGAUGACUACUGUGACAGCCCAUACAGUGAGCACGGUACCUUGGAGGAAGUGGACCAGGAGACUGGUACAGAACCCCACACCAGUGAAGAUGAAUGUGAGCCAAUAGAAGCAAUAGCCAAGUUUGACUAUGUUGGGCGGUCUGCCAGAGAACUGUCCUUCAAGAAGGGCGCCUCCCUGCUGCUGUAUCACCGAGCAUCUGAGGACUGGUGGGAAGGCAGACACAACGGGAUCGACGGGCUUGUGCCUCACCAGUACAUAGUGGUGCAGGAUAUGGAUGAUACAUUUUCUGACACUCUGAGCCAAAAAGCUGACAGUGAGGCCAGUAGUGGCCCGGUCACUGAAGACAAGUCCUCAUCCAAGGACAUGAACUCACCCACUGACCGCCAUUCUGAUGGCUAUUUAGCCAGACAAAGAAAAAGAGGAGAGCCACCCCCUCCACUAAGGCGUCCUGGCAGAACCAGUGAUGGCCAUUGCCCUCUCCAUCCCCCACAUGCUCUUUCCAACUCCUCAGUUGACCUGGGGUCCCCAAACCUGGCCGGUCAGCCCCGUGGCCUGCUGCAGAACCGUGGCCUCAAUAAUGACAGUCCUGAGAGGAGGCGCCGGCCUGGCCAUGGCAGCCUGACCAACAUCAGCCGGCAUGACUCCCUCAAGAAGAUUGACAGUCCUCCUAUCAGAAGAUCCACAUCAUCAGGACAGUACACAGGCUUCAAUGACCACAAGCCACUGGACCCAGAGACAAUUGCUCAGGAUAUUGAAGAGACAAUGAACACUGCUUUGAAUGAACUCCGAGAACUGGAGAGACAGAGUACAGCAAAGCAUGCACCUGAUGUGGUGCUGGAUACCUUGGAACAAGUGAAGAACUCUCCUACCCCUGCCAUUUCCACAGAAUCUCUCAGCCCUUUGCACAACGUUGCUCUCAGGAGCUCAGAGCCUCAGAUUCGACGUAGCACUAGCUCCUCCAGUGACACAAUGAGUACUUUCAAGCCUAUGGUGGCUCCCAGAAUGGGUGUGCAGCUGAAGCCCCCAGCCCUUAGGCCAAAACCUGCUGUUCUUCCAAAAACAAACCCUACUGUAGGACCUGCCCCACCUUCCCAGGGUCCAGCAGACAAGUCUUGCACGAUGUAAAUACCAGCUGAGCAAGGUUAUAAGGGGAAGUGAUUUUUAAAAAGAAAAUGGAUUAGUGACAAAAGUUAGUGAUCCAUAACUUUCCUUAGUUUUGUGCUUAUAACUGGAGAUCUUUUGGCUUUUCUAUGUUGUCGAAUGUAAUAUCUAAGACUAGCUAAAUUAACAUGGGCAUUUGUAUUUUGUAAUUUUUCUAAAUAACUGGACAUAUGUCAUUUUAAAAACAAUAGAAACACUUAGACUUACUUGAAAAUCCAAUGCUGCACCACUUAUAAUGAAGGCAACACUGCUCCCUGCAUUGCAUUCCACAGUGCUUCAGAUUUAGUAUAGCCCAGAUGAGUCAGAUGGCUUGAUUGGAAACCAGGAGAAUCUGAGUUCCAGGUCUUACUGGAGUAUAACCAGUGUUGGAGUGGCCCUUGGGCUAAUCAAAAGGUGAUCAGGGCAUUAUUGGUAACUAUGAGCACCUCUGAUUCCAUCCAGAGUGGGAGUCCAACUUCUGCUAAAGACUUGCAUUUAUCACAGUGGAACCUUCAUCCCAUGAACUGAAUGGACUGAAUGAUUGCCUCUUCCAUAACAGUCAUUGUGUGGGUCCAUGUUAGAACCCCAGUGGUGCUUGAUUUGAACGAAGAAAGAAGAGGGAGACAUCAUGUCCAAAGCUACUGAUGUUACUCCAUCCAUAACCAUAAUCAGGCCCUGGAGAUUUCCAAGUCCACCCCCUGUGUUUACAAAGGACUAGGAUAGUCCAAAGACUUUCUAAUUACCCCACCAGCUCCUGCAAAGAUCUUUUGUUCUAACUGCCUAGAAAAUACUUUCAUCUCCCUGAAAUCCCAGUUUUCCUCUGUGGGAAGCAUACAAGACAUGAAUCCUUGAUCCAGUCAAUGUUUUCUGACUAAAUUACCAUGGUUCCAUUAAAUAUACCAUAAAGGUCUGAUGAUCCUAAAUUUGAAAUCCCAUUUCUCCUCUCCACUUCUCCUUUUGAGCCAAUCCAGAACUGGCUAUGGUACUUGUGUAAAAGCCAUGAUGGACCAUCAUAGAAGGAUUACCUCAUGGUUCCAGGAGGAUUUCCUCUCAGUUUUGUACCUGGGAACCAUGACUUUUCUUUUCCUCUAUUUUUGUACUUUUUAGCAUGUGGUUUCUAUAUAACUCACAUAGUCAAUCAAGCUCAAUUAGAGAGCCUCUCUGGCUUCCAUCCACAUAGACAGUUUUUCUUUAGCUCAUAUUUUACUGUUUUUCUGCUAUCUUAAAAAAAGUUUUUAGUUUUGUUUUGGGGGGCUGGAUGAUGCUGGGCAUUCUAAGCACACACUCCACCACUGAGCUAUAUCCCUAGUCCCCCUAAAAUUGUUUUGAAUGUGUUUGCUUUUACUAAGGUACAAAUAACCACUGUCCUACCAGCAGCAGUUGAUAACAUCUAUAGAUGUAUAAACUUUUUAUCUGUGCUAUCACUGAACUUCCAGAUGAAGGAAUAUGGAUUCCUCCAAGCAAAUUCCUUUGGACCACUGUUGAAUCUGUCUAUAUUUAGUUUCAAACUGGCAGCCACUUACAGCCCUACCUAAGAAUUGCACAUUAUGGACUUUAGUUCAUCAGCCCGUUGAUAAAUGCGUCAUGCAGAAAGGGAUUAAGAUCUGUACUAAAAUAAGAUCAUUACUUGUAUCUUUACCUGUUUCCCAACCUAAUCACUCUAUUGCAGAGAGAGGUUGAAUUAAUGAAUUGUUAUCUUCCAAAGUCACACUUGCCUGUGGCCUAAUUUCAUAAAUGAAUUGAAUAGUGUUCUCCCCCUCACACCUCCCCGUGUAUUUCCAGUACAGUAAAGUUUUAAACUUCUUAAUUUUCAGAACUAUUCUUUUUUGGACAUUUUCAAAAAGAGGCCCAGCUCAGCAUCAGCCCAACCCCUGACCAUUCUUUUGAGUUCAGUGGUCAUUUCGCCCUUUUAGACAUCAGCAGGACUGAACUUUGAAUUAGCACUAACCCUUGUAAAUAGUCUUCUCCAAAUUCUCUAGGAAGAUUAAAUUUUUCUUAUCUCUCAGUUAUUUAACAUAAUAAGAGUUCUUAAAACCAUUUUCCUUCUUUGACGGAAAAGUAAGAUGUUAACAGGCCAGGGGAAAGGCAGAGGUGUUUUGAAUGCUCUUUACAAGCUUUCACUUUCACUCUUCAGAUCUUACUCCCGCAAGCUGUUCCUUCAGAUAUCUCCCUGGUAAUCCACCCCAUGGUGUCCUCGUUUUUGGUGUUUUCACCUCUUAUGGACCACUGAUUGCCCUUUCUGGCCCCCAAAUCAGGACUCUGUUGCCUUGGACGAUGGAGGAUGUGGCUGCCAUCAACCCUCAGAGGCUGUACCUUCUUUCAGGAAACAGCUGCUAAUAUGCUCCCCUCCCUUACAGGACUACAUUUUUUCUCCCUAUACUCCUGCUGUCACCUUCACAUUUUCCCUGCUCAACUCCAAGUGAAGGGUAUGACCUCUGAUUAAGGACUUACUUAUCUUUACUUCAUUUAGUAAAAGUCUUCAGAUUCCAGGGAUAAGACCAGCUAGCCACUUCACAAAGAUCCAAGAUAACAUCCAUGAAAGUUCAUGCAAACCUGCAGCAGCUGAGAAGGUUCACCUGGUGUACAGCCUUGAGGGUUUCAGGUGGAGCCCAUGGUGGGCAAGCAGAGGAGAGAGAGGGAGAGAGAGGAAAAAAAAGGAGUCUUGGAAAUGUCACGUUCUCAUUUCAAGGAUCUUAGCAGUCUUCAUGUGCAGUUUAAGGCGAGUGUCAUUUCGAAAAUGAGUAAAUUAUGGUUCUACAAAUACCAUCUGACUCUACCUACACCAGAAUACAUAUUCACAGCUGCUAUCAUUGUAUGUUCAUGUCCCAUCCAUAGAACUCACUGAAAUAGAUAUAUCUAGCAGCCUUUUGGCUUGGGUUAGGGAUAUGGGGAGUGGGUUAUUAGGAUAGAAAAGAAAGGUACUUAGUUUACAUUUUCUGAUGAAUGUUAUGAAAACUAUUUCAGUCUGUUGAGUGGACUUUGUAGAGCUCCAUGUUCAUGUUCAGUGUGAACACCAUUGUUCAACAGUUUUUUCUGUCUUCACACAAGGUAAUCUGACUGGUGCCCCUUGACCCAUCCAUAGAAUAAGCUACAGCAGGGUCCCACUUAAUCUACCAUCAGGUAAUAUCAAUGGCUAUAAAGCUCCAGGGAUCAAAUUAAUAUCCUUUAAUAGUUUUCUGUCAUUGUAUUUUUGCCAUUCCAAAAAUGUGUUUAAAAUUUAUUUAAAAUGAAAAAAAGGGGAUGAGUUAGUAAUGGUAUCCUUAGCAUUUAGAAAUAACUUCUCUGAAGUUGAUGAAGAAACUAUAAUCUGAUAAUUACACCUCUGAAAUUCAAAAACCAUCUAUGUGUAGGGGGUUAGAAAACUUCAGGUUUGGGUCAUGACUCAUUUAUACCUGACCACAGCAGUUAGAGGCUAUGAAUGCAGGAAGUGCAUGUGGGACUCAGUCGUGCUUUCAAUUAUCCACUGCAGAUGCCCUGAGACACAGGGCAGCUGAGAACCGAAGGCUCUAACCAUGUACAGAGCCCUUCUAUUCCAGAUCGUCCCCGGAGCUGAGAACUCAGCGUCCAGCUGGGCUGGAGCACCAGGCUUUCUUCAGGGUGACUUGGAAACAGAGGGGUAAAUUAGCUGGAAUGUAAGCUUUCACUUACCCUAGUAUACCUUCUUUAAAAAACAAAUAGUCUACAUGGUAUAAUCGAGAUGGAUAUCUGUAUCUUUAAAUUACGUAGGGAAUUUUGUAUGUUUAAAUAAUUGUACUGGGUUCCAUAAUGCUUACCUUAGAAACUGUUUAGUAAAAGAAAAAUAUAUAAACUGUGCAUUUGUGAAUGCCCCCGUUAGAGCAUUCAUGCAAGUUCAAUGUGUAGUGUGAUGGUUAUUAUAGAUAUUUAAAGUAUAGUAAGUGGCUGUGUAACAGGAAAGAUUAUUUUACCUGCGUACUUAAGGUAACUCCUGCCCAUGUAAUUAAAUCAGUAUUGUCCUUUCCUGUCAGUUUGACCAUUUGCAGUACUGGUAGCUUCCUGCUUGUGACUGUUACCUAAUUGUGUCAAUGUACAUCUGUAGUAUGUACAUGUGAAAGUGCCUUUCUAUUUAGAGGAGUCUAGCCUUGCUCUUGUACUGUUACCCCAUUCUAUGCCCACCCUCCUCUUCCUUGGUGCCCACCUGAGUGCUCCGAAAUUUUCUUCACUUUCUCUCUGCAUCUUUUCUAUCCCCACUUUCUGUGCCUCAGUGCUCCAUCCAGUCUGUCUUGCAUCCCUGUCGAUCAUCAGACUCUCGUUGUCCUCGUAGACGUGGUUGUGCCUUUCUCACCCAGCAGUGACUGAGUCCUCCCAUCCCCGCCCUGCUCACAUACUGCACCUGCCAUCAGUUUUACCCACGCUCUGCUCUGCCUCUUCCCAUUACAUCCCCUCCCUUCUGAGGUGAAAAUAACAGGGGCUGCUUUUCCAGUUCUGGAAAAAAAAACAUGUUUUGUUAUUCUGUUGUGACAAUGCACUUUUCUGUAUAGUACUGUACAUUUUGGCAUGUACCGUUACAGGCUUCCGUAUACAGUCGGGUUUGUUCUUCAUGGUGUAUCUUUGUAAUAAAUAAGAUAGUUCUGGCCACCUUUGUCUACUUAUGAUGUGUUGUGGUUCUCUGUGGUGGCUUUAUUCUUUUCUUUUUUUUCUCAUCAGUAUUUUCCCCCAGGGGGCUGGGUUGAAUUAAAUAAUGAGAAUUU